ACGUCAAAAGUCGGGCAGUCAGCAGCUCUGGCUGCUACAGCUUGAGGCGAGCUGAGUCCAGAGGAAUCCUGUGCUGCUUCUGAUAUCCUCACUGCUGUCACCACUAUCGGCGCGAACAAGUGAAGUUUGAACCGGCUUCUCCAUGGCCCGGGCACCGGUUCCCGGCUGAGCCAUUUUCUUUGUGACUAAAAAAAGCCCCCGCCCAGAGACCGAUUCGUCGCGGCGGCGGUGGGGAUCGCAGGUCGUUCAGGCUUGCAGAUGGGUCAGGGGCUGUGGAGAGUGGCCAGAAACCAGCAGCUACAGCACGAAGGUUACAGUGAGCAAGGCUACCUCAGCAGAGAGCAGAGCAGGAGGAUGGCUGCCAGCAGCAUUUCUAACACCAGUCAUCGGAAACAGGUCCAAGGAGGCAUCGAUAUAUAUCACCUCUUGAAGGCACGGAAAUCUAAAGAACAGGAAGGAUUCAUUAAUUUGGAAAUGUUGCCCCCCGAGCUAAGCUUUACCAUCUUGUCCUACCUGAAUGCGACUGACCUCUGCUUAGCUUCAUGUGUUUGGCAGGACCUUGCAAAUGAUGAACUUCUCUGGCAAGGGUUGUGUAAAUCCACAUGGGGUCACUGUUCCAUAUAUAAUAAGAACCCACCUCUAGGAUUUUCUUUCAGAAAAUUGUAUAUGCAGUUGGAUGAAGGCAGCCUCACCUUUAAUGCCAACCCAGAGGAGGGAGUGAACUACUUUAUGUCCAAGGGUAUCCUAGAUGAUUCACCAAAGGAAAUAGCAAAGUUUAUCUUCUGUACAAGAACACUAAAUUGGAAAAAACUGAGAAUCUAUCUUGAUGAAAGGAGAGAUGUCUUGGAUGACCUUGUAACAUUACAUAAUUUUAGAAAUCAAUUCUUGCCCAAUGCACUGAGAGAAUUUUUUCGUCAUAUCCAUGCCCCCGAAGAGCGUGGGGAGUAUCUUGAAACUCUCAUAACAAAGUUCUCACAUAGAUUCUGUGCUUGCAACCCCGAUUUAAUGCGAGAACUUGGCCUUAGUCCUGAUGCUGUCUAUGUACUGUGCUACUCUUUGAUUCUACUUUCCAUUGACCUCACUAGCCCUCACGUGAAGAAUAAGAUGUCAAAAAGAGAAUUUAUUCGAAAUACCCGUCGUGCUGCUCAAAACAUUAGUGAAGAUUUUGUAGGGCAUCUUUAUGACAACAUCUACCUUAUUGGCCACGUGGCUGCGUAAAAGCACAAUGGCUAGGACUUCCACUAUUAACUUCAAACUAAAGUUACCCAAGGACUUAUUUAGCAGUUAUGGGGGUUACAUUAGUGCUGGUCAUCCUGGCCUCUGUAUACAAUCAAGCUUGAGUGUAUACCUUUUUUUUUCCUUUUACUCUUUUCUUUUUUAGUAAUUUCCUUGGGGAGCUAAAGGAUUUUGCAGAAUUUUUCUUAAUUUUGCUUAUCAUGUUUUGCACAAAGCAGAGCCAUUGUCUGACACAGCUGUUUAAGAAUGUUAAACUGACAUUAUACUCCAAGGGAUGGUAUAUUUGUGCAUUAGAUUUGCUUGAAAAACUAUUCGUUUUCAUUCUUUUUAAAAAUACCAUGUAAUGUGUACAUAUUUAAUGAAAGAGAUUUAUAAUCAUAAUUAUUUUAUUGUAAAGAUUUUAACUAAAGCCUUUCCUUUUCUCUCAAA